UCAGAGUCAUUGUAAACUCUUCUAUCAGAUGUCUGAGCAACACACCUCCUCUUACAGAAUACUUCCUCAAUGAUAAAUACCAAGAAGAGCUGAAUUUUGACAAUCCUUUAGGAAUGCGAGGUGAAAUAGCAAAAUCCUAUGCAGAGCUUAUCAAGCAAAUGUGGUCAGGAAAAUACAGCUAUGUUACCCCAAGAGCUUUUAAGACACAAGUGGGACGAUUUGCACCACAAUUUUCUGGUUAUCAGCAACAAGAUUGUCAAGAGCUACUAGCUUUUCUCUUGGAUGGAUUACAUGAGGAUUUGAAUCGAAUUAGGAAAAAGCCUUACAUUCAGUUAAAGGAUGCAGACGGGAGACCAGACAAGGUGGUUGCUGAAGAAGCCUGGGAAAACCAUUUGAAAAGAAAUGAUUCCAUCAUUGUAGAUAUAUUUCAUGGCCUUUUUAAAUCCACCCUAGUUUGUCCUGAAUGUGCUAAGAUAUCUGUAACCUUUGAUCCCUUUUGUUACUUGACACUUCCAUUACCUAUGAAAAAAGAACGCACAUUGGAAGUUUAUUUAGUUAGAAUGGAUCCACUUGCAAAGCCUAUGCAGUACAAAGUAGUUGUUCCCAAAAUUGGAAAUAUACUGGAUCUUUGCACAGCAUUGUCAGCUUUGUCUGGUGUUGCUGCAGAUAAGAUGAUUGUUACUGAUAUAUACAAUCACAGGUUCCACAGGAUAUUCGGCAUGGAUGAAAAUCUAAGUAGUAUUAUGGAACGUGAUGACAUUUAUGUAUUUGAAAUUGCUAUCAAUAGAACAGAAGAUACAGAACAAGUUAUAAUUCCUGUUUGUUUAAGGGAAAAGUGCAGGCACACUAGCUACAGCCAUAGUGGUUCUUCACUGUUUGGUCAACCUUUUCUCAUAGCAGUGCCUAGAAACAAUACUGAAGAUAAACUGUAUAACCUGCUGCUGCUAAGAAUGUGCCGAUACGUAAAAACAUGUACUGAAAGUGAAGACACUGAAGGAUCCCUACACUGCUGUAAGGACCAUGGUAUCAAUGGUAAUGGCCCAAAUGGAAUACAUGAAGAAGGAUCCCCAAGUGAAAUGGAAACAGAUGAACAAGAUGAUGAAUCCAGCCAGGAUCAGGAACUUCCUUCAGAGAAUGAAAACAGCCAGUCAGAAGACUCAGUUGGAGGUGACAAUGACUCUGAAAAUGGAUUAUGUACUGAGGAUACUUGCAAAGGUCAACCACUCACGGGACACAAAAAGCGACUGUUUACAUUCCAGUUCAAUAAUUUAGGCAAUACUGACAUAAACUACAUCAAAGAUGAUGCCAGGCAUAUUAGAUUUGAUGAUAGGCAACCUAGGCUUGACGAAAGAUCUUUCCUUGCUUUGGAUUGGGAUCCUGAAUUGAAGAAGAGAUAUUUUGAUGAUAGUGCAGCAGAGGAUUUUGAAAAACACGAAAGUGUGGAAUAUAAGCCUCCCAAAAAGCCUUUUGUGAAAUUAAAAGAUUGCAUUGAGCUCUUCACAACAAAGGAAAAACUAGGUGCUGAAGACCCAUGGUAUUGUCCAAACUGUAAAGAACAUCAGCAAGCUACCAAGAAGUUAGACUUGUGGUCACUGCCCCCCGUACUGGUAGUUCAUCUAAAGCGCUUUUCCUACAGCAGAUACAUGAGGGACAAGUUGGAUACAUUGGUUGACUUUCCAAUAAACGACUUGGACAUGUCAGAGUUCCUUAUUAAUCCCAAUGCAGGGCCUUGCCGCUACAACUUGAUUGCUGUCUCCAACCACUAUGGAGGAAUGGGAGGAGGGCAUUAUACUGCUUUUGCAAAAAAUAAGGAUGAUGGAAAAUGGUACUACUUUGAUGACAGUAGCGUGUCCACUGCAUGUGAGGACCAAAUAGUGUCCAAAGCAGCAUAUGUGCUCUUCUACCAGAGACAGGACACAAUCAGUGGAACUGGCUUUUUCCCUCUUGACCGGGAAACUAAACAAGGUGCUUCAGCUGCCACAGGCAUCCCACUAGAAAGUGAUGAAGACAGCAAUGAAAAUGAUAAUGAUAUAGAAAAUGAAAAUUGUAUGCACACUAACUAAUGGAAGAACUAGAAGCCAUAAAAGAGACUUUCUCACUGGGGAUACCUAUUGAAAGAGUGAAAUUGCCCACCAAAUUAAGAAUAAAAAUCUGAGAUGGGGAAUUUCAGAUAACAGAAUGUAAAUCUUUAUUACAUUUUAACAUGUGCAGUACUUGAAGUGAAACAAUAAAAACUUAAACAGAAA